ACCGAUUUCAUAGGUCCUCCUUUUUCAGACACCCGGAACAAUGUUCCAGAUUGCUUUGCUUUCUUUGCUUUCACUUUCAGGGCUGCUAUCUUCGGCGAUCAAUGGACCUAGAAUUUUGCCUCUCCCCAUCCGCCGUCGAGUAUAUUCUUGAUAACAUGGGCUCACCGAACAGCAGGGCUGGGGACAGAAGCAAAGCUGUGGGGUACACCAUGGCCAUGACCAUGGAGUCCGAGUCGCAGCCCGAGAUGGAUGAAGACUUCCAUGAUGAAGACAGAGAGGAUGUUGUCAUGGAGACAGACCGGCCACCGUACUACCAGAAGCAAUUUCCUCAUCCGCGGCACCCUGGGGCGCCGUCUUUUAAAGGGGUCAAGUCAACGAGUGAGGGAGACCAGACUUCUGUUGAGUCUGGCACAGCUUGUCUGGCACCAAAGAAAGGAGGAAAUACAGUGUAUCGCUGUCAGGCAGGUGCCUGGACCGUUUUACACCUCAUGGACGAGAAGGAGACGAGAGGGAAAAGGAACACCCAAUCCACCGCGCUACAUAGACGAAAGCGCUGGUUCUGGGGUUGGGUUUUGGGUUGGUGGAAACGUUGCAAACUGCGCUGUUCUGGCGGCUGGUGGUGGAGAAGGUGCCGCUGGGUCUGUUUCAGCUCUGGAAGACCAAACAGAAGACCAACAAUCACUUGCCCGGCUAUUCCCAACUACACAUUGGCCAAAGGCAGGACUGAUAUUUUCGUGUCAUGGAGUCCUGCAACAGCUCAUGAUCCAGAAGACGGCACAAUUCGUACAUCCCAGACUGUUGGACCUUACUCAAACUCUUGGGUUGGAGAAGGCACGCACACGGUGACAUACCAAGCCACUGACAGAAAAGGUUCAUCCAGUCACUGCAGUGAAGUAUUUCGAGUCAUCGUAAAGAAGUGCUCAACUUACAUGACCCAUGGGCUCUCCAAUGGACAAGUAUCCUGCUCAAACAAUAAUGUCCUUGGGAGUAUCUGCACCUACUCUUGUAACUCUGGUUAUCAGCUUACUGGACCAUCUAGUUCUGAAUGUCAGGAUAAUCAGCACUGGUCAUACCGGACCAGACCUGAGUGCAUAGAAAUUGUCUGUCCGUCACCGCCAUCAGUUGAUCAUGGAAAGUUUGAGCCUUGUGAUAAAACAUCUACAGGGUCCAAAUGCCCUUUGAGCUGUGACUCUGGCUAUGUUGUAGAAGGUAAUGCAGAUGUGGAGUGUAAGUCUGACAAGAAGUGGACUUCUCCUGGCAGAUGUAAAGAUGUGGACCCUCCAGAUUUCACUUGCCCGGCUGUCAUCUCUUUGUACUCUGAGCCAAAGAAACAGCCAAAGCAGGUCACCUGGACAGUACCUGUGGCCUCUGACAACUCUGGGGAGACUGUCGUGGUCAGCAGUGACCAUCAGUCGGGGGAUGAGUUUCCCGUGGGCGACACUAUUGUGACAUUUUCCUCCACUGAUUCCUCUGGCAACGAGUAUACUUGCGAAACGCCUGUAACUGUCAAGGUGAAGUACUGUGAUGUCCUACCGGCACCUGACUUUGGCAGUGUGAGCUGCUCCCACGGUUCGGCCGUAGGUUCCGACUGCUCCAUUUCCUGCUCUCAGGGGUUCCAGUUGUCAGGGGUGGCACAGCGCACCUGUCUGGACUCCAGGACAUGGAGUGAUGCUCAAUCAUUUUGCAAAAGAGGCCGUUGUGGUCAAACUCCAAGUGUUGACAGAGGAAAUUUCGAUUGCCCGAAUGGAGAUGAAUACGAGGACAUAUGCACCCUAAGGUGUGACUCUGGAUAUCAGGCCAAUAAACCGGUGGCCGUCUCUUGCCAAGUCACUUUACUGUGGACACAGCCUGGGAACUGCACAGAUGUUGAGCCGCCCUCUUUUACCAGUGGUUGCCCAGGGAUAAUGAGAUAUGCUGAAGCUCUGAACACAGACACCUACGUGCACUAUACUUUGCCACAAGCUGCAGACAACUCAAAUGAAGCAGUGGUAGUUGUAGGAGAUCCUGCCCCAGGCUCUCGCUUUGAUAUCGGACUCACAAAUGUCUCUGUCACAACAAAAGACACCUCAGGAAACGUUGGAACAUGCACAUUUCCUGUUACUGUUAAUCGUGAGUAGCUUUUGUUUGUGUUU